AUGUGGGUGUUUAUCCUCGGCCUCUGUGUGGUGGCGCUUCUAUCUGUCGUUGGCGUGGCUCUCUGGGUCAAUCUCCGCAAGAACUCCCUCGUGCUAAAAGCCAGCGUCCUCGUGGCGGUGUUUAUCCCGCUUUCGAUCGUCGUGUUGUUGCCGACGGAUUGGGUCAACCACAACCGCCCCCAGCCGCUUGCCGGGCUCGAUGUCGGCGAAACCACCUACUUGUGGCUCUGGAGAAGCGCCUACUGGGUGACGUUCGCCCUUACCUGGCUUGUACUCCCCAUGGUGUUGGAGUUCUAUCGCAGUGGCCACUACCACCCGAUAGCGCGGAUAAAGGACGCGUUCCGGGCUAAUUUGAAGUUCCAGCUCAUGAUGCUUGGCUUGGGGAUAUUGUCGGCCGUGUACUUCAUGGCAGAGGUGGGAUUAACGCUCGGACACUUUAAACUGAUGGUAAUGGGCCUCACUCAUAUUUACUCGUUGGUGCUUACAUUAUGGCUCAUGGCACACUCACUAGUGCUGAUCCCUCGCCAGCUGUGGACGACGGCGCUGCCAGUACUGAGACUCAACUACUUAUACCAGCGAGUGGUGCCGUUGGUGGACAAAUUGGACGAUACCCGCACCGGGUUCCGCGACGACAUUUUGCGGGUGAUGAUGCUUGCCAACAACUUUGCCAACGAGCUCGAGUAUCGGGACUGGAUCUUGCUGCUUGAACGGCGGAUUCCCGAUGAGCUUAGGACCCAGUUGGAAAGGGAGUACCGCAGCGAAGAACCCCACUUGUUGGUGCCCUCAGUCGACGAAAACUAUAUGGUGAGCUUAACGCAAAAGUUUAACCGUCACCACGAUAAUUUGGUCGCCUACCAAUCGGAAUACACUAAGCUUUUGCUCGAUAUCACUCGCUUGGAAGACCUGUUGGGCCAUGAUCCUCAUUCAGUGGUGUACCGGUUUGCCACGCUGAACCCUAAACGCACCUACUACUGGACCGUCUACGGACGCCCCAACUUAAUGAGAGUGGUAGCCGUCGUUCUGGCGGUGCUCUCAGUGACCAUAUUGUUCCUGGAGAUGGUCCACCUGACCAAAGUGUCCCCCGUCAAUGUUGUGGUCACCCGCCUCGCCGGCUACGCCCAGUGGAUGAUGAUGAUCUUCGUGUACUGCUACAUGCUUGUGUGUGCGCUCUCGCUGCUUACCUCGGUCAAAGUGUUCAACGUCUACCAUUUAGUGCCGCACGACCUGGACCCGGUGCUGGCGCUGUGGUACGCGAUGUACGUGGCCCGGACGCUGUUCCCGCUCGCCUACAACUUUUUGGGGUUGCUCGUGCUGCGGACGCUGGUGUUCGAGCAGUGGUACGGCGCCCUGUUGGGGCUCACCGGCUUAUUCCUGGCGCUCAACGAGUGGUUGCCCCGGCUCAUUCUAGUGCCUAUUUUGAUGCUGGCGUUCAACGUGUACCACCGGGUGAAGAAGCGGGUGGGGUUCAUGGAGUGGUUUGACGACGACAGCGAUGCUGAGGCCGACGAGAACCGGUCGCUUGAACUGCCACGGGACACUCGCCACGAGCACGUGAUCGCCGAGGCCAAGCGGCUAGUGGAGCGGGAGAUGCACCGGCGCACUCGUACCACUGCCUAA